UAAGAAGUAUAAAAGAUGGGAGAGCAAACGUGAUGAGAUCCAUUCGUGUCCUACCUGAAUAAACUCAGACUAAACAUGAAGGUCCUCGCCAUUGUCUUGGUUGCGUUCGUCGUCGCUCAGGCGGCUGCCAGGGACUUGUCCAAGUACCAGCCCCGUUCGGUCCUGUUCCCCCGUGCCCCGACCAAGAACACCAACUCCUUCGUCCCAGUUAAGCGUUCCCCAACCGUCGACACCCGCGGUUUCUGUGGCCAGGCUAAAUCCGCCAGCCGUAUCGUCGGCGGAACUGAGGCCGUCCCCAACUCUCUGCCAUGGCAAGUGGCUUUGUUCAUCGAUGACAAAUACUUUUGCGGUGGCUCCCUGAUUUCCAACGAGUGGGUCCUUACUGCUGCCCAUUGCGCCGAGGGUGCCGUCUUUUUCAACAUUCUGUUGGGCUCCCACAACGUCCGUUUGGAUGCCGUCGAUGAGCCUACCCGCGUUGAGGUCACUUCCUUCGACUACACCGUCCACCCCGAAUGGGCUUCCCUCCGCAUCCGCAACGACGUCGCCUUGAUCAAACUGCCCGCCCCCAUUGAAUUCACCCCCGAAAUCCAGCCCAUCUGCAUGGCUCCAUCCACCGAGCCCGACCAUGUUGGCGACAUCCUCCACAACAGCGGAUGGGGCAAACCUUCCGAUGCUGCUGCCGGCAUCUCUCCCACCUUGAACGAAGUCUACAUGCCGUGCAUGUCCAACGAUGAGUGCGCUGCUUAUUUCGGCAGCACCAUCCAGCCCGGAAACAUUUGCACCGACACCACUGGCGGACACAGCGCUUGCAACGGUGACUCUGGCGGCCCAUUGAGCUACAUAAACGGAGGUGUUUACAACCAGGUCGGUAUCGUCAGCUUCGGCUCCUCCGCCGGAUGCGAAGUCGGCUACCCCGCCGCCUACACCCGCGUUUCCUACUACGCCGACUGGAUCUCGUCCGUCACUGGCUUGGUCAUCUAAAAUCUAAACCACCGAGACCUGAAAUCAAUUCUAGCCUAAUCUUCUUUUUGUUUUAAAUCCAAUUGCUAUUAAAAAAUAAUACAGUCGUUAAAAAACUGAAA